AUGCCUCCCUACGCAUACAUCAACACAUGCCCAUACCCAUACCUAAGCGCCACCGAUGACUCGCCCAAGUCCAGGAUGAAGCGGCAGAUGCUCUGCUACAUCGUGAUCCUCUUCGCCUCGAUAGCGGCAGUGAGCGCAGUCACCUACAUUGUCUACUUCCGCCAAGCAAACGUGGAGGCAGCCCUUGUGGUCAUGUACUGCUUCGUGGCCUCUACUAUCAUAUCGGGUUGCUUAUGGAUAUCCCUCCAUUGCAUUGCGCGCAGAAAGCGCCGUGCUGCACGCAACAAGACCCCUGUAUCUCGUCGCGCCGGUUCCGAUGUCGAGCGUCGGCCUAUCCAACUGCAAAACCUUAACACCACGACUGGAGGCAGAGUGGUCGCGCCACUUAAGACUCCAGAGAUUCCCGCGAAAAGUCGCAUCACUCCGAAGGGUCGCUAUCCCCCUCCGGUGGCAGUUCAGGGUCUUCAAACUAUCGCUAUUGAGUAG